GGGACCGGUCGAGACGCUUAAAGCUGUCAGUAUCCCACCAAGUUUCGCGUCGGCCGAGAUGACUUGUUCAUCUUCACAAGUCCACCUUACGGUCCUUACCAGCCAGCAACCCUGACCAAGAUGGCGCGACAGUUUCUUGUUGGGCUUGCGUUGGCGCACAGCGCCGCCGCUCAUCUCAAUGGACUCACCGGAUUCGCGGACGACGGGGUGGACGCGGCCCGCUUUCCCACCGAUGCGUUUGCUGGUAUGAUAGGUGCGGCAGCAGGGGACGACGACGGUUACAGUGCCUGCAUGACCGCCGAUGCCAUCAUCAGUGAUUGCUACGAGUCUGGCUUCGCCGAUGCCACCGCCUCCCCAAAUGCGGCCGACAGGUGUUUCUGCUGCGAAGGCGCCCGUCCCGUCUCGUCAGUCUAUUCGGCCUGCGCAUCCUACGCCAGGGGCGUAGACGGCUCGGACGAUGCUAGGACUCUCUAUCGAGCUUUGACAUCGAUGCAUGACAUUUGCUCGUCGGUAGGCGGGGGUGCGUGCCGCACGGGUGCCGCUACCGCCACGACACGAACGUCUCCCACCCGCUCCUCUUCUUUGGAGGCAGCCGAUAUCACCUAUCCCCCGGCCUGCUCAUCGAUGUUGAGGGUUUACAGCUCCUGCUACUUGGAGCUGGGUGGAUUCGAGACGGUCCGAGCGAGGCAGGCGGCGUCAUGCUUCUGCUACGAUGCAUCUGGCGACUACAACACCGCCUUCGAGGACUAUGCCGAAACCUGCGCUUCGUGGGCGCGGACUGCUGACACUGUAGACUACUCCGUCAUGACGCGCCUCGCAACUCUUUGCGACGAAUACGGCGCGCCCGUCACCACUAGCGCCCUGGUGUUGACGGCGGUCUCGAGUCGUACCGACAGUGGCAGGGGGUUUACUCUCGCCUCGUCGACUUCGUCUCCGACCAGCCAGGCUACUGGCCAGACCAGCGCCGGCGGUGACACCGACGCUGCCACUACCUCGUCCUCAACCGCCCUUGCAGUUCCGGGGGCAGCUGUUCCCGGGUUCUUAGCCUGGUUUGCGAACUUCGCGACCUUCAUCCUGUCAUUUUUCAUCCUCAUCUAGUGGGCUGAAUACAUAGAGCACUAAUUCGCAUAUGAUCGCCGAAUCAUAGAGGGCUAGCUUGGGCUACUAAUGCGGACUGGACGAAUGGCUACGGCGAGAACAGGCAAUAACUGAUUGUACAUGUUGGAUUCUUCUAUUGUAUAUACAAUAUAUACCCUGCCUGCCUCAUUACGGCG